AGAGGAUUUAUUUCAUUUGUGAUGUGCCGCACAUAAUCAAGUGCAUCAGAAAUCAUCUGAAGAAACAUACCUAUGGAUUGGUAAGAAAAAAAGUGCAAAUGUUCAGAGUUAGAUUUUAAUCGUUCUUUUUCUUACUUCCAGGCACGUGACCAUAAGAUCAACUUUGGUCACUAUGUUACACUGUUCGACACAGAAAAGGACAAACACCUACGAGUCGUACCAAAACUGACGCGAGCCCAUGUUGCACCUGAUAACCUUCAGAAGAUGAGUGUCAGGCUUGCCACCCAGCUGUUCAGCCGUAGCACAGCAGCUGGCAUCAAGCUGUACAGAGAAGCCAAGGUGCCAGGCAUGGAAGACUCCGAAGGCACAGAAACAUUCACCAGGAUGGUGAAUGAUCUUUUUGAUGCCUUAAACAUCAAGCUACCAUCGAGAGGAGUGAGGCGCCACUCGAAAGAAAUACAGAUCCUGAAAGACUUCCUGGAAAUGCUCAACACGACGGAGCGAAAUGCAGUCAAAGAGAACCUGAAGCUUUUUGCGUCACAGCAAACAACAGAGUCUUUACGAGUGACUUUGCUGUCCACCAUAGACGUCAUUGCAUUUUUGCUGGCUCAAGGUGCUAACUAUGUCCUUACAGCAAAGUUAAACCAGGACCCUUUGGAGCGACACUUCGGACUGGCACGGUCAUUUGGAGGUGACGAAUCUCAUCCAACGGUUGUCAACUUCAGUCAGAUAUUCCGCCUCCUCAGCCUCUACACACCGGUAAAGACAGCUUUGCGUGGCAGUGUGCAAGGCACACCCUGUUCUGUGCUCGUUAGUGUGACUGACACACUUAAGAUAACGAAGGACGCCCACCAAGAAGAGAAAGUCCGCCUGCAUGACAUAGUGGAAGCCAAAAUGAUGGAAAUUACAACUGCUUCUGCUGACACAUCUGAGCAAGGGCCAAGCGACCACGCCUAUUUCAAGGGUGAGGUGGAGGACAGUGUUGUGUACUACCUGUGUGGCUAUGUCAUACACAAGUUCACCAAGCAUGCAACAUGCCAUCUCUGCAUAGAAGACAUCAGCUGCGCCACACCUGUGCUUGCUUCUGACAGCUACCUAACCGACUACAGGAGCUUCAAGCAAGGCAGCUUAAAGCAUCCAACACAGAAGAUGUUGACGUUUUUUAAAAUAGUCAGCAAAGUAGUUUCAGCUUGUCUGGACAAGGAGGAUCUCUGCGGGGACAUAUUUUGGAAAGUGUUGGAAGAGUUGGAGAAGCACCACCUUUCUCGACUCGGUUGUGACCAGCACAAUUCAGCAUUCACGUGCCAACUGCUGAACUUUUUAUCAUCACCCGCAUGCAUUUCUUCUCGCGGGAUGUGAACCGCCGCCUCGGAAGCAGCCAAAAAGUGGCAAUAGCGAACAAAAAGGCCCGCCUGCUGUGAGCAAUCACGCAGCAGCCGAAUAAGGUUCUUUGAAUGUGUGUACGUUUGUGUUUUAAGUGUGUGCUGGCCCGUUACUUUGGCUCUUUGGAUAUGUGAAGCACUCCUGCUUGUGCGUAAAAUAAAUGUUUGUCAGGGCGUGCA